UUUUAUUUCAGUAUCAUUGGCCUUGCUAUUGUCACUUACAUUUCCUGCUUCGCACGCCUACUGUCUCUUCCUUUGGGCUUCUCUCUCUGCUUUUUUCUAACCUCGCAGAUCUCUCCUCUUAAGCUCCAAUCACUCACGAAUCAGAUGGCCAUGCAGGAAGGAAGUCCUGCCAAUCCUCCCAGUGCUCAAGUUGUUGGAAAUGCUUUUGUGGAGCAGUAUUACCAUAUUCUUCACCAUUCGCCGAAUCUGGUGCAUAGAUUUUAUCAAGAUUCAAGUUGUUUAAGUCGGCCAGAUAAGGAUGGCAACAUGACAACAGUAACAACCAUGCAAGCAAUCAAUGAGAAGGUACUAUCGCUGAAUUAUGAGGACUAUACAGCAGAGAUAAAAACUGCAGAUGCUCAGGACUCGUUUGAGAAAGGGGUGAUUGUAUUGGUGACUGGAUGCUUAACUGGGAAGGACAAUGUGAGAAAGAAAUUCACACAAACCUUCUUUCUAGCUCCACAAGACAAAGGCUACUUUGUCUUAAAUGAUGUUCUCAGAUACGUUGAAGAGAAAGAGUUGCACAACUCUGUUCCAGUUAAUGGCGUCAGUGAACAGGCUUCAACAUCUGCCUUGACACCAGAACCAGAGCCCACUUAUGAUCCUCUUGUGGUGGACCCAGUGACUCACGAAGAAGUGGAAGAUAUUAGUAAUGGUGCUGAAGUUUGUGACCCCUCAGAUAAGGAGGAAGGAUCAGUAAUUGAGGAAGAGGUUUUUGUACCCCAAAACGUUGCGAGUCAGAAUGAGAGUGUUGCCACUGUUGAUUCAGUUCCUGUGGUUAUAGAGGAUGCUCCAAAGCAAUCAUAUGCUUCAAUUGUCAAAGUAAUGAAAAGUAAUACAGCAUCUACUCCAGUCUAUGUUCCUAGCAAUAAUGUGAGGGCGGCACCUGCAGACCAACAGUCAAUUGCUUCUGCAAAACCUGCUCCAGCACCAGAGGCAGCAGUACCUAACAGUGACAAUGCACCUGAAAGUAGUAAUGACAAUGAGGAAGCUGAAGGACACUCCAUAUAUGUACGAAAUUUGCCUUACGCUGCAAUGCCUGCACAACUUGAGGAGGCAUUUAAAAAAUUUGGGCCCAUUAAGCGCAAUGGCAUCCAAGUCAGAACUAAUAAGCAGGGAUUCACUUUUGGUUUUGUUGAAUUUGAGAUGGCCAGUUCAGUGCAGAGUGCACUUGAGGCUUCACCAAUCAUAAUUGGGGAUCGUAAAGCUGAUGUGGAAGAAAAGAGGACAAACACUCGAGUUGGUAGCAGUGGGAGAGCAAGGUAUUCUUCAGGUAAAGGUGGCUUCCGGAGUGACAGUUUCAGGGUUCGAGGGAACCUUGGUGGUGGCCGAGGAGGCUAUGGCAGGAAUGAAUUUAGAAACCAGGGUGAGUUUUCAGGACGACCUAAGGGUUCAGGUGGACGCAAUGGAGAUAAUUAUCAGCGGGCUAAUCAUAAUGGAAGGGGUGGCCGUCAAGGUGGGGGGUGAAAGCAUGAUUCUGUUUCUACUUGGACGUUAGCUGAGAAAGUGACCGGAUGAUUUUUUUUUACAGUAUAAACGAAGGGAACGAAGGGACUAAGGAUUCAAGUUUUUAAUUUUCAUAAGUGCAACUGUUUAUGAGGAGACCAUUGGGAUUUAAUUUUCUUCUGAACUCUUUUUUCCUCCCUCCCUUUGAGGCAUCUCAUAAAGCUUACGUGACAUAGGGAAAAGGUGUUUUGUUCAAGUAUGUAUUAAGGAUUCUUUGAUCAAAAUUUUUGGUAUUAUCAUGAUGUGAUCUUUCACCUCUAA